AUGCAGUGCCGCCGCAAUCGAGUAGCCUCGUUUCUGUUCAGCAGCAAGAUGGCCAAGUCCUGCUGCUGCCUUGCGGCCGCCCUGGCGCUCUUGGCCAUCGUCUCUGUUCCGUGCAGCAGCUUCCGCGUCGGCAGGAGCAGCAGCAGCUCUUUUGUCAGGCGGCGCGGAACGCAGUUCGUCCUCGACGGCUCCCCUUUCCUCUUCAACGGCUUCAACGCCUACUGGCUGAUGCACGUGGCCGCGGAGCCGGCGGAACGGCCCAAGGUCUCGGAGGUGCUCCGCGCCGCCGCAGCCGCAGGGCUCACCGUCGGCCGCGCCUGGGCCUUCUCCGACGGGGGAGACAGGGCCCUCCAGCUCUCCCCGGGAGUCUACGACGAGCGAGUCUUCCAAGGACUUGAUUUUGUGAUCGCGGAGGCUCAGAAGAACGGCGUGAGACUGAUCCUUAGCUUGGCGAACAACUACAAGGACUUCGGAGGGAGGGCGCAGUACGUGGAAUGGGCACGCGAAGCAGGCGUCGCAGUCAACGGGGAGGAUGACUUCUACACAAACCCAGUGGUGAGAGGAUACUACAAGAAUCACGUCCAGAAAGUGCUGACGAGAGUGAACAAGUUCACCAACGUAACCUACAAGGACGAUCCAACGAUCCUCGCCUGGGAGCUAAUAAACGAGCCUCGGUGCCAGGAAGACUACUCCGGGAAGACUGUCAAUGCUUGGGUUCAAGAGAUGGCUAGCUAUUGCAAGUCGGUGGACGAGAGACACAUGGUGGAGAUUGGGAUGGAAGGGUUCUACGGUGACUCCAUGCCUGAGAAGAAGCAGUACAAUCCUGGGUAUCAAGUUGGAACGGACUAUAUAACGAGCAAUCUUAUUGAGGAGAUUGACUUUUCAACCAUCCAUGCUUACCCAGACGUUUGGCUCCCUGGUCAAAACGAGGAAGCGCGGACCAGAUUCGUGCAGCGAUGGCUGCGGAGUCACUGGGACGACGCGGGGAAGACACUGAAGAAGCCGCUGGUUUUUAGCGAGUUCGGGAAGUCGAAGAAGGACCCCGGUUACUCCGAGCACGCCCGCGACGUCUACCUCGACGCCGUCUUCUCCGGCGUCUACGAUUUGGCGAGGAUCGGCGACGGGUCGCUCGGCGGCGGGCUGGUGUGGCAACUGAUGGCGCAGGGCAUGGAGUCUUAUUACGACGGCUACGAGAUCGUGCUGGCUCAGGACGCGGCCGCCAGGGCGGUGCUCUCCCGCCAGUCUCGCUUGAUGUCGGUGCUCGCCCGCACGAUGAAAGUCGCCGUCGCCGAUGAGAAGGAAGUGGGCCGUUUUGCGCCUCGAGGUGGCCGGGGAACUAGACGUGAAAGGAAUGGCCUUCAUCGAGGUGUUGCACCCAUGGAGAAGCCACCUUCCGCGCCGUCGCCGCCGCCCUCCACCACCUUCGUCCAGGCCGACGCCGCCACCUUCAAGGAGCUCGUCCAGCGCCUCACAGGACAUCACGAGCCCCAGCACCGCCGCUCGCCGCCAAACUCUCCGUCCGUCGACGCAGCGAGACUCUCCGGCGUCAAGCGGCUCCACGAGAGGCGGCGGGGCGGCGGCGGUUGCUCGCGGCUGAAGCUCUCCGUCCACAAACCCGCAGCAGCAGGCCCUGCCUCGAAGCCGGCCGGCACGGCGGCGGCGGCGGAGGAGGAGGUGGGACACAAGGAGGUGAUCGUCGUCAACGAAGAGGAGGAGGAGCAGGCGAUCAAAGAGAGGCGGUUCUAUUUGCACCCUUCGCCCCGGUCGAGUACGAGGAUGCCCCAGCCGAACCUGCUGCCCCUGUUUCCUCUGACCUCGCCGAAGGCCGGCGAACAGUGACGAUUGUUGCAAUUGCGGCUGAAAUUAUAGAGAAGAUUAAAAAUACUUUUUGAUGGAUUAUUCUCCAUCGAUAAAUCGAGUAUUAAUUUAGGAAAUUGCAAAGAGAUAUCAGGCAUUCUUUGGC